AUGGGCAAGUCGGAGGGAGGAAAGCUCAAAAUAUACAUUGACUGUGACUCGCCGAACAUAUACUCAUUGAAUGAAGUGUCGCCUUAUUCCUGGUUCGGUUUCACCAACAUCAUCAAAUUCCGUCCUCUCCUGAACGCUCAUGGAGUAUCGGUAGAUAUCAUUCCGUUCUUCUUGGGAGGUGCUCGAGACGGCAUUGGUAAUCCAUGGACGCCCACGCCAAAAGCCAAGCAGGCUUUCCAAUCCCAAGAUACACAGAUGACUGGGGAGAUUCUCGGGCUGGACGUUGUUCCUCCCAAAGUGUUCCCCAUCUUGUCGCUUUUCCCAGUCCGAAUUGCGACUUAUGUGAAGGAUCAUUAUCCUGCUGAAAAAUUUGAAGCCACCUUCCCGGCCUUCAGCUCUGGUUAUUGGAGCAAAGGCAUCAAUAUCUCAACUCCAGAAGGCGUUAUGCAGGCCUUGGAGGGCAUCUUUCCCCAGGAUGAAAUCAAGGAGAUCAUGAAGAAGGCAUUGUCUCCUGAAAACAAAAAGAAGGUCGUCGAUGUCACCAUGAACUCUGGUGCUUUUGGUGCUCCGUGGAUUUCAGCCACCAAUUCCAAGGGUGAGCGGAAAGAUUGGUUUGGCAACGAUCGUUGGGACCAAGUCUUUUAUCAUCUUCAGGUCCCUUACUCUCCUGUCAGUAUCAUUCCCCCAGGAGAAGAAAAGGCGAAGUUAUAG